UUCCCCCCUUUUUGCUCCGCCUGCUCUUCCCUCCCUCCCUCCUUCCUUCCUUUCCCCAACCGGCUGGCGCUUGAAUGGAAAGUCUCUUUGGCUGCAAUGAUUCUGCCUCUGCAAGAACAAGGCGAGGAGGGGCGGGCAUCUGGAUCCCACCUUGGAAAGGCGUUGCUGCCUCUGCUGCUGCUGCUUCCUCUCCCCCCUUUCCUCUCCCCUUCCCCAAUCCCCCCACCCCAAAAGGAGAGGCCAAAGAAGACCCCAAGCCAGGAGGAGGAGAAGCAAGGGAAAGAUGCCCUUGAGCCUCUCCUUGGUGCUGCGUGUUCUGGGGACCGGCCUCUUUGCGCUGGCGGUGCUGGGGGCCAUCCUGGCGGCCUACGUGACCGGCUACCAGUUCAUCCACACGGAGCAGCACUUCCUCUCCUUCGGCCUCUAUGGGGCCAUCCUGGGCCUGCACCUGGGCGCCCAGAGCCUCUUUGCCUUCCUGGAGCAUCGCCGCAUGCGCCGGGAGCCCACCCGCCCCCUCAAGCUGCCUGGCCCACGCGUGGCCCUCUGCAUCGCCGCCUUCCAGGAGGACCCCGGCUACCUGCGCCAGUGCCUGCGCUCCGUGCGGCGCAUCUCCUUCCCCGGACUCAGGGUGGUCCUGGUGGUGGACGGCAACAGCCGCGAGGACGCCUACAUGCUGGACAUCUUCAGGGAGGUCCUGGGUGCCGAUAGCAGCGGAGGGAGCAGCGGCUUCUACAUCUGGAGGAGCAACUUCCACACUGACGGAGAUGGGGAGACUGAGGCCGGGCGGCGCAAGGCCGAGAGCCACAUCCAGGGCUUGGUCCGGCUCCACAGCUAUUGCUGCAUCAUGCAGAAGUGGGGCGGCAAGCGGGAGGUCAUGUACACCGCCUUCCGGGCCCUCGGGGACUCCGUCGACUACGUUCAGGUGUGCGACUCUGAUACUGUUCUGGACCCGGCUUGCACGGUGGAGAUGCUGCGCAUCUUGGAGGAGGACCCCCGUGUUGGUGGCGUCGGUGGAGAUGUCCAGAUACUGAACAAGUACGACUCAUGGCUGUCUUUCCUGAGCAGCGUGCGCUACUGGGUGGCCUUCAAUGUGGAGCGGGCCUGCCAGUCCUACUUCGGCUGCGUCCAGUGCAUCAGUGGCCCGCUGGGCAUGUACCGCAACACCUUGUUGCAGCGUUUCCUGGAGGACUGGUACCAGCAGAGCUUCCUGGGCAGCCGCUGCAGCUUCGGGGACGACCGGCACUUGACCAACCGGGUGCUGAGCCUGGGCUUCCGGACCAAGUACACAGCCCGCUCCCGGUGCCUGACGGAGACGCCCACUCGGUACCUGCGCUGGCUGAACCAGCAGACACGCUGGAGCAAGUCCUACUUCCGGGAGUGGCUUUACAGCGCCCUCUGGUUCCACAAGCACCACCUCUGGAUGACCUAUGAGUCGGUGGUGACCGGCUUCUUCCCCUUCUUCCUGGUCGCCACUGUGGUCCGGCUCUUCUACCGCGGCCGCCUCUGGAACAUCCUGCUCUUCCUGCUGACCGUCCAGCUGGUGGGCGUCCUCAAAGCCGCCUACGCCUGCCUCCUGCGCGGCAGUGCCGAGAUGCUCUUCAUGUCCCUCUACUCCCUGCUCUACAUGUCCAGCCUUCUCCCGGCUAAGCUGUUUGCCAUCGCCACCAUCACCAAAUCCGGCUGGGGCACCUCCGGCCGCCGGACUCUGGCGGUCAAUUUCAUUGGCCUGGUGCCUGUCUCACUCUGGGCGGCCGUGCUGUUGGGGGGCCUGGCCUACACCGCCUGCAGCCAGGACCUCUUCUCCGACACCGAGCUGGCCUUCCUGGUCUCUGGUGCCGUCCUCUAUGCCUGCUAUUGGGUCGCCCUCCUUGCCCUUUACUUGGCCGUUGUGGCCCGGCGCUGCGGCACCAAGCCCCAGGAAGCGUGCGGCCUGGCCUUCUCAGAGGUCUGAGCAGCCUCAGGGUGGG